UUUCAUAGGCUACUGAGUGAGCAAAACAAGUUUAACAUUAGUAUCAGUAAAAUUUUACAGUACAAUCAAAGAUAAUCAAACAAAAACCUUAAAUAAUUAAAGUUUGAAUGAGGCAAUAAUUCAGACUUAAUUAAGGGGUCCUUAUUUCCUUGGUAUUAGGACCUUUCAAGUAGGGGCACCAAAUUUCACAGGGAAUGGCCCAAAGAGCUAGAUAAAUCUCUUAACCAGCAAGGGUUUCAUAGAAACCCUUGCUGCAGCAUGCGACAAGAGCAACAGAAGACCGUGUUAUGGUUCAAUGGCAAGUUCCAGCGCACACCAAACUAUGGAGGGAGAGGUCUGCACGCUAUUUCACCGAGGCUCUCAACCAGGCGAACGUUUCCCUGCUCCUGUUUACAACCUGAGGCACUGCUCCAAACCGCACAAAGAGUACAGAAGGAUGUCUUGUGGAGCCACUCAGGAUGCGGGAAAUAGGAAACUGGACAGUCACUUCCUUUUCACUCUCCUAGUCACUUUCCUGUACCAGGUGCACCCAGGUGAAGGGUCGUUCCUGCGCGGAUCGAAGGCGGUUUUUGCACGUGGUUGUGUCGACCACUGGAUCCUAGCGGAUCCACAGCGCAUGCCUCAGUUGAUGCAGAUGACACUGUGUGUGGAUGUGCGGCCACUGCACGCAGAGGGGGAGUGGACAGCCUUCACCUACAGCACACUGCCCGCACCCCACUACAGCUUGGCCCUGCAGGGUGACACCUACGGCCUGUACGUCUGGCUGCUGGGCGUCCAACACCAUUUCCCCACCCACUUGGCGCCUCUUCGCUGGCAUCAUGUCUGCCUGCAGCACGAUACGUACCGCCGAACCAUGACCCUGGAGGUGGACGGGGAGGUGUUUGAGCGCACAGUCAUCACCCGGGCCAUCCCACCGGCUGGGGAACUAGUGCUGGGGUGCCGUAGCUGGGAUGUGGCGCCGGCGAAGUGGGGAGCAGGGGGGGCAGAGCUCUAUCUGUUCCGCAUAUGGGAUGAUGUGCGCAAGCAUUUGGCCUGCGAAGACGGCAGCGUGGUUGGCUGGGACUCGCAGGACUGGCAUGUGAUCGGCAUUUCCAGGUUUUCUGAUGACAUGCUCCUCUGCGGCCAAAAACGGGCAAGACGGGAAGCCUUGGCACCCAUCGCUGGGCGGCUCUUCCCCUCACUCAUGCCUGCAACAGCAGUCUCCCCUCCUUCUACAACCAAGCCGCCUGUCAUAUCAGUGGCUUCCGUUGUGACGCCGCCAGAACCUCUUGUUGUGAAAUGCAGCUUCUCUGAGUUCUGUGCUAUACGAACUGCCUACUACUGGAUGUCUGUCAAUCUGGAAACCUCUGGAAAGAAGAGCGAGGCUCAGAUCAGCGCAUGGCUCUCCCAAGUCUUCAGUAUUUCCACUUGUGUGUCGUCUAAUCACACGAUAAUCAGCACCUCUUCUGACAGAGGUCAGAACACAUGCAAAAAUGAGACAGAGACAGCAGUCAGUCUUUUGGAGGACCUUGAGGUGACAUGCAACACCAAGGUAGACAUAAGUGUGACUAACUGCACAGUCCUGCUGCAGCUGAGUCAGCCGACAGACAACUGCAUGCUCAGACAGGUGCUGCAGGAGAGUAGUCUGGACACUUCCAUCCAGGCUCGUGUGCUGGGUGAAGUGGAGAGAGUGGGUAAGGGGUUGUGCCAGAAUGGGGACACAUUAACAACUGAUGACGGAUAUGUGAGGUGCACUUCCUCUACCUCAUUCUCUGAAGUCUGCUCUUCUGGAGGACCACUGACUGUGACAUGCACCUACAUGGAGACAGCAUACAUUCCAAUGGCGAUGCAUUCACCCAUUAGCCAGCUCUGUAACCGGAAAGAGCAGCAGUAUUGUAACUGCUCAGAUUUCUGCAGAGACACAGCUGUGUACUACCUGCUGGACAUUAACAUUCUCAGUGCAGCUAUCUCAAUCACAGACAUCAGGAAAAUGGUUUCUCAGCUGAGCUCAGCACAACCUUGUAAAAGUCCUGUCACCAUAUGUCAAAGUUUUCACUUAAUAUCUGCAGUCUACCAGGGGGCUCAUCUGGAAUGCCAUGGGACGGACUCUCGCCUAUAUAGCUGCAGGGUGGUUCUGAAACUAUCUCAGCCAGUGGAGAUGUGUUUGGCCAGUGAAGUUAUGUUAUAUCUGCUCAAAGACAGUAAUGACAUUCGCUUCAAUGGCACCAUUACAAGAGCAGCAAUAUGUGGCUGGCCCUCAGGGCCUAUGGAUGAUCUUCUGAACUCCACCUUCACCUGGGUCUCUGCAAACCUCAAUGCUUCUCAGAUCUGUGAUAGUCUUAAUCCUGUUAUCUUCUCCUGCAUGGAAGAUGAAAUUCUCGGCGUGUUUUUGAUGGAGAGCUGUAGAAGGCCGACCUCUCCUCCUUCUACGACCACAUCCUCACCAGUGACCAUGCACCUGUCCCGUCCUACGGUCACACCAUCGUCCACCCACAACUUCUCCAAUCCCUUCACAACACCCAACCAAUUCACCUCAUCAACUCUUCACAGCACAACCACACACAGCAGCACUAUGAUCACUACACAAAGGCACAGAGUAUCACCAUAUAACACCGCCACGCAGCAGAGAAGAACAACACUAAGCUCUACAGCACAACAGAACACAACAGCUAUUAUGCACAAAACUACCACACAACAAAACAUAACGGAACUACCACUGACUCCUAGAACACAACAAAACACAACAGCUAUUCUGUACCAUACUACCACACAACAAAACACAACAGCGCUACCACUGACUGCUACAGCACUGCAAAACACAACAGCAUUUCCACUGUCUGCUACCUCACAACAGAACACAACAGCUGUUCUGCACAAUAUUAACACACAACAAAGUACAACAGCAAUUCCACUGACUGCUACCAGACAACAUAAUGCAACAGCUAUUCUGCUCAAUACCACUACCCAACAAAACACAACAGCACUACCCCUGACUACUACCACACAACAGAACAUAACAGCUACUCUGCAUAAUGUUACUACACAACAAAACACAACAACACUAACACUGACUGCUACCACACAACAGAACACAACAGCUAUUCUCCUCAAUACUACUAAACAACAAUACACAACAGUACUACCACUGACGGCUACAACACAACAUAAUGCAACAGCUAUUCUGCUGAAUACUACUAAACAACAAUACAAAACAGCACUACCACUGACGGCUACAACACAACAGAACACAACAGCUAUUCUCCCCAAUACUACCACACAACAAAACACAACAGCAAUUCCACUGACUUCUACCAAACAACAAAACACAACAGCAGUUCCACUGACUGCUACCACACAACAAAAUGCAACAGAUAUUCUCCACAAUACUACUACACAACAAAACACAACAGCACUACCCCUUACUGCUACCACACAACAGAACACAAAAGCUAUUAUGCUCAAUACUACCACACAACAAAACACAACAGCACUACCACUGACUGCUACAACACAACAAAAUGCAACAGUGAUUCUGCUCAAUACUACUAAACAACAAUACACAACAGCACUACCACUGACUGCUACCACACAACAAAAUGCAACAGAUAUUCUGCUCAAUACUAUUACAAAACAAAACACAACAGCACUACCACUGACUGCUACUACACAACAAAACACAACAGCACUACCACUGACUGCUACCACACAACAGAAUACAACAGCUAUUCUGCUCAAUACUACUAAACAACAAUACACAACAGCACUACCACUGAAUGCUUCACCACAACAGAACACAACAGCUAUUCUCCCCAAUACUACCACACAACAAAACACAACAGCAGUUCCACUGACUGCUACCACACAACAUAAUGCAACAGCUAUUCUACUCAAUACUACUACACACCAAAACACCACAGCAAUGCCCCUUACUGCUACCAGACAACAGAACACAAAAGCUAUUACGCUCAAUACUACCACACAACAAAACACAACAGCACAACCACUGACUGCUACAACACAACAGAAUGCAACAGCGAUUCUGCUCAAUACUACUAAACAACAACAAACAACAGCACUACCACUGACUGCUUCACCACAACAAAACACAACAGCUAUUCUGCUCAAUAUUACCACACAACAAAACACAACUGCAGUUCCACUGACUGCUACCACACAACAAAAUGCAACAGAUAUUAUCCUCAAUACUACUACACAACAGAACACAACAGCACUUCCUCUGUCUGCUACAACACAACAAUACACAGCAGCAGUUCCGCUGACUGCUACCACGCAACAAAAUGCAACAGCUUUUCUGCUCAAUACUACCGUACAACAAAACACAACAGCACUACCACCAUCUGCUACAGCACAACAGAACAUAACAGCUAUUUUGCAAAAUAUUACCACACAACAAAACACAACAGCACUACCACUGACUGCUAUUACACAACAAAACACAACAGCACUACCACUGACUGCUACCACACAACAGAAUACAACAGCUAUUCUGCUCAAUACUACUAAACAACAAUACACAACAGCACUACCACUGAAUGCUUCACCACAACAGAACACAACAGCUAUUCUCCCCAAUACUACCACACAACAAAACACAACAGCAGUUCCACUGACUGCUACCACACAACAUAAUGCAACAGCUAUUCUACUCAAUACUACUACACACCAAAACACCACAGCAAUGCCCCUUACUGCUACCAGACAACAGAACACAAAAGCUAUUACGCUCAAUACUACCACACAACAAAACACAACAGCACAACCACUGACUGCUACAACACAACAGAAUGCAACAGCGAUUCUGCUCAAUACUACUAAACAACAACAAACAACAGCACUACCACUGACUGCUUCACCACAACAGAACACAACAGCUAUUCUGCUCAAUAUUACCACACAACAAAACACAACUGCAGUUCCACUGACUGCUACCACACAACAAAAUGCAACAGAUAUUAUCCUCAAUACUACUACACAACAGAACACAACAGCACUUCCUCUGUCUGCUACAACACAACAAUACACAGCAGCAGUUCCGCUGACUGCUACCAAGCAACAAAAUGCAACAGCUUUUCUGCUCAAUACUACCGUACAACAAAACACAACAGCACUACCACCAUCUGCUACAGCACAACAGAACAUAACAGCUAUUUUGCACAAUAUUACCACACAACAAAACACAACGGCACUUCCACUGACUGUGACAACACAACAGAACACAACAGCUAUUCUGCUCAAUACUACUGCUGUAACACAACAAAACACAACAGCACUUCCACUGACUGCUACCACACAACAGAGCACAAGAGAUAUUCUGCUCAGCACUUCCACACAACAAAACACAACGGCACUUCCACUGACUGCGACAACACAACAGAACACAACAGCUAUUCUGCUCAAUACUACUGCUGCAACACAACAAAACACAACAGCACUUCCACUGACUGCUACCACACAACAGAGCACAAGAGAUAUUCUGCUCAGCACUUCCACCCAACAAAACACAACAGUUAAUCAGCUCGAUACUACCACACAGCAAAACACAACAGCACUUCCACUGACUGCUACCACACAACAGAGCACAAGAGAUAUUCUGCUCAGCACUUCCACGCAACAAAACACAACAGUUAAUCAGCUCAAUACUACCACACAGCAAAACACAACAGCACUACCACUGACUACUACAACGCAACAGAACACAACAGCUAUUUUGUUGAAGACUGCAGCACCAAAUACUACAUAUCAUACACUAUAUGUGACAGAAUAUAACACAACAACUAUUCCACUGAACACAAGAUUGCAGCCUAAUACAACAUCUCUUCCUCAAAAUAUUACGUCAGUGAACACAACCAGUUUUCAGAUGAGCACGACACAAGCUAAUAUAACAGGUUUUCCACAAAUGACCGUAAUACCAUACAAUACAACAACAUAUAUCAUAACUGUUCCGCAAAACAAAACGCAGCAUAAUACAACAUCACUUCUGCUAAUAUUGACAACACAGCAAAAUACAACAGCUCAACCAGUAAGUCCAACAACACUAUACAAUACAAAAUAUAUUCCACAGCAGAACACAACUCCAUACAAUAUAACAACUCUUCCUCCAAAUACAGUCCAACAUACUACUGCUGUUCUGGCAACCAUGACAGAACAACACAAUGCAACAUCUCUUCCAGUAAAUAUAACAAUGCCAUGGAAUAUAUCUAGUUUACCAAACACAAAAAUACAACCUAAGACAAUAGCUCUUACAGAAACCACAACACAGUAUAACAUGACAGUCCAUCCCAUUGAAAUAACAGUACACCAAAAUGAAAUAAUUACAGCAUCUUUACCAAAGGCAACAACCCAACAGAGCACAGCUUCUCUCCAAGUGAAAGCAACCACCAAAGUAUCUGUGGCAAACACUCAGUCAAACAUGAGCACAUAUGGAGCAGGUCUGACAACACCUCACUCAGUCAACCAAACAAGGACACAGACCACCACAAUUAUGUCCCCCAGCACCAACAGCAAAUCCACUAGAACAAACACAACUGCAAAUUUCACCAACCCCAUAGUCAUUCCCCCUGUCUUGCCCACUGUGGCCCCUUUGACUAUCUCCACAACAGAUGAUGCCACCAUGGAAUUUACCACAGUAACCAUGACGACUGCAAGUGAGGAGACUCAGGCUGACAAGCUCCUGGAGCAGACGAGGAACAUCUCUGCACUGAACUCUUCUCAGGUGGAGCAGGUGGUUUCCAGACUGGAGGAUCUGCUCUCCGGGCCCAAUGUCACCCUGGCGCUGGGCCAUAAGCUACUUGACAUUGUCAGUAAUCUACUCAAUGCCUCGGCCAACACCCUGGCUGCCUCCUCCUCUAGGAUCAUCAGGGCAGUAGAAACACUGGGGUUGAAGCUGGUAGUGCAGAGCAGGACCACAACAAUCUCAUCUGAUUCCCUUGCUCUGGCCGUGAGGAAGGUGGACGGAGACAGUUUUGAGGAGAUGUCCUUUUCCAUUACUGACCCUAACAACCUUCAGAUUGGUGUCCGUGGUGAGCAGAGAGCUCGAAGGAGGACAGGGAACCUGAGGGCCCCUACACUGGGCACAAUCACCCUACCUGCCUCCUUAACUAUUAAUCUGACUGUCCAAGAACAGCUGCUAGCCUCCAGGGUCCAGUUCAUCUUUUACCAGAAAACCACUGUGUUCCAGGACAAUGCCCUUGGCAACAGAAGCCUCAACAGUGGUGUCUUGGCUACGAGUGUGGCCAACCUGUCAAUCAGUGGACUAAGGGACAAUGUUGUCUUCACCCUGCAAAACAACAAACCCAUACAGGGGAACUUUGUUGCCAGCUGCGUCUUUUGGGAUCUCAACCGAAAUGAGAGAUCAGGAGGCUGGAGCAGUGAUGGCUGCACUGUUGAGAACAUGACGGACGAAGAGACCAUCUGCAGCUGCAACCAUCUCACCAGCUUCGCUGUGCUAUUGGACCUUUCUAGAGAGGGCAUUACUGACCGUCUGCAAGCCAUCAUCCAAACCUUCAUUACUUUCAUUGGCUGUGGUAUCUCUGCUAUCUUUCUGUCCAUUACUGUUCUCACCUACCUGGCCUUUGAGAAAUUACGGAGGGACAUUCCUUCCAAGAUCUUGAUCCAACUGUGUACAGCCCUGCUGCUGCUGAAUCUGACCUUCCUGCUAGACUCAUGGCUGGCCCUGUACUCAGAUGCCAUGGGCCUCUGCAUCUCCACCGCUUUCUUCUUGCACUACUUCCUGCUUGUGUCCUUCACCUGGAUGGGGCUGGAGGCCUUCCACAUGUACCUGGCUAUCGUCAAGGUCUUCAACUCCUACAUGUCCAGAUACAUGCUCAAGUUCUCCCUUUUCGGCUGGGGUGUCCCUCUAAUUGUGGUCAUAGUUGUGAUUGCAAUCAACAAAGACAAUUAUGGCCUCAUUUCCUAUGGAAAGUAUACUGAUGGAUCAACAGAUGAAUUUUGCUGGAUCAAGAACGACGUGGCCUUCUACGUGGCAGUUGUGGCUUAUUUCUGCCUGGUGUUUGUGGUCAACCUGGCCAUGUUUGUGGUUGUGAUGGUGCAGCUAAGCCGGAUCAAACAGCAGAACCCCCAUAAUUCCCAGCAUCGUAAUGGGCUGCAGGAGUUGCGAAGUGUGGCUGGACUCACCUUCCUCCUUGGCCUGACCUGGGGCUUCGCAUUCUUUGCCUGGGGGCCUGUAAACCUGGCCUUCAUGUAUCUGUUCGCCAUCUUAAACUCCCUUCAAGGAUUCUUCAUUUUCGUCUUCCACUGUGCCCUAAAGGACAAUGUGCGUAGGCAAUGGCGGGCAUACCUGUGCUGUGGGAGACUGCAGCUGCCAGAGAGCACAGAAUGGAGCCUUUCUACAGUCCAGGCCAACAACAAGAAAGACUCCGUGUUCACUGGCACCUCUUUCCAGACCUCCGGUUCCAAUCUGUCCAGCAGCACCUCCUUCAGGACCAAUGAGAGUACCGAGCUGCCCAGCCCUACCAGUGUUGUGUCUGAGGACAGUGUGUUCACUUCAUCACAGGAGCCAAAUGGGGAUGUGGUUUUCAACAGCAGGCAGAGGGCACAAAGACCUCUGUGAAUUCUGGGAAAAAAUGUGAACUCUAUCCAGGCCGUUAUGCACAAGGCCUAACUUUUGGAAAAAAGAGGACAUAGAGGAUUCUGGGAAUCAAGAGGGCAGAUAAAUCUGGAGUAAACUACCCCUACACUGUCAUAAGAAGAGGUGUGGUCCUCACCCUUUUGGAAAUGCAUCACUGUGAUGUCAUAUUUACAGAGGAAUAUCAUUAUGGGUUUUUUGUUUAUUUUCAAUAUCUUAAUUGUCACUGUUUAUAUUUACGUUUGUUCGUCAUACAAGAGAAAAUAUUCUUGUUUUUUUGUUUUGUUUUUUGAAGGACUGAGUGCAGUUAAUUCUCCUGAGGUUGAAAGUGCCUUUAAUUGUUAUUUUUCUUUUCAAUUCUACUGUUGUGGACUGUCAAAUUGAACUUGUUUACAAAGCUUAGACAAGAUUCAAAAGUAAUGGCUGAACAGUGGCAUUUGAUCCUGGUUUUGGAAUGUAGAAGCCACAUGAUAAAAACACAUAUGUUACAGAGUGGCACGGAGGGCACUCUGUAGGUGCAGUGGUCAGUUUUGUUAAUAUAAAUCAUUGGUUCCUACAAGGCAGUGUGAACUGUGCAUGAUAAUUUAUAUAUAUAUAUUUAUGUCCACAUGUGAAGCUCAGAUUUAAAAAUUGACCAGAAGGCAGAUACUCAUUUACGAUGUUCUAUUGACCAAGGAAAUUUGACAGGAUUUUUCUCUUCUCUGUGCAGUGUACAAUUUCAAUGGUUCACACUAUUCUGUGAGCAGUGUAUGAUUUCCUUAGUUUACAUUCCUUGUGCAGGGUGUAAGAGCACUAGGUUAUGCUCUCCUUUGUACAGGGAUCACUAGAUUAUGCUCUCCUUUGUGUAGGGAUCACUAGAUUAUGCUCUCCUUUGUGCACGGUGUAACAUCACUAGAUUAUGCUCUCCUCUAUGGAUAUAUGUUUACAUUUCUGUCUCAGCAGGCCUUGAUGCUUAUUUUGAAGAAAAGUAAAGAAAGAUUACUUUUUCCACA